CCUGCACUGGUUUAGCACCGAUACCAAUGAAAGGGACUUGUGCAAGUAGUUACUAGUACUUAGUAGUUUAGUUGUGAGCUUUGUGUUUCCUAGUCCUAGCUUUUGCGCAGAGGAAUUUUAGUGCUAAGCGUCUCUCGGUUACCUGUAUGUCCGUGUCUUCAGCAGGUCGGAGCUAGUGUUGAUACUCACUCUUUCUUUGCUUGGUCAAGCGUGCGGUGCUCCUACGCUCUCAGUCGCUAGGAUCGCCGCAGUAGUGAGCUGCUGUUCUUUGAAACACUAGUAGUUGGCGGCUGGUUUCAAUCACCAGGCAUCGAGGAAGAAAUGCCUGCGCCGCCCAUGAGGCCCGAGAAAGGCCAGCCGCUGCGUUCGCUGGCGUUUCACAAAUUUAGAGAACUCUCUGCCUAUCUGAACGUGUCGGACCGAUGGCGAAAGGUGGUCGACGUGAUGCCAGAAGGUGUGUAUAGCGUUGUCGAUGUGGAGAAUUUCGCUAUGGCCAUGCAUCAGCCUGGUGGCAGCCCGGCUGGUGAGCUGAUAUUGGACAUGGGCGUACAGGCAUUCACGGUGGAGCAACUGGCCAGCUAUCUCCGGGUACUACGCUUCGAGGCACCGCUGUUGACAUUGCUACCAAAAGAACCAGUAUCGAUCAUCACGCAGCCAGAGAAUGUUGUGUGCAGUGUCAAUGCGGAGGUGCAGCUGAAAGUGGAGGCUGCUGGACUGCCUUUUCCACAGUACCAGUGGUACAAGAGCAUGGGUCCGGGCAACAACCAGAAAAUCCGCGACGCCCGUGACAGCGUGCUUCGGAUUGCUCACGUCACAGUGCGCGAUCGUGGAGUGUACUGUGUGUUUGUGUUUAAUGACGUCAACCACGUCUUCAGCCAGUGGUGCGAGGUUCAAGUCAUGGCACCACAUCCGCAUGACAUUCAAGGAUGGCCUCCAGGACCCCCUCCACCGGACACAUUCAAGAUCACGCGCCAGCCAGAGCCGCAGCUUGUGUACCACGAAGGCGAGAUUGUGAAGAUUCGCUGCUGUGCUACUGGCCCGGGACCACUGAAGUAUGAAUGGCUGAUCAACGAUAGGCCGUCGCAGAUCAUGGCUGGAAGCCACAAUACUCUUCUUAUCCACGGUGCUAAGGUGGAUGAUACAGGUUCCUAUCGAUGCCGAGUCACACUACGUGACCAGCCCGACCAUGAGCCUCUGUUAUCCGGAUGUUGCCAUCUGAAAGUGGAACGUCGUCAGUCACUCGUGUCAACGAAUGACGGGUUCAACCCAAGCUCGAACAGUGGAGCUUCCCAGUACGGACAACGAGUGCCGUUUGCAGAGGGGACCACACGUCCAGUUGCUGAUUCUACGUUCACUGCACCUCCUGCGGCUGCAGCUGCUGCUGCUGCUGCUACACCUCCUGCGGCCGCUGCUGCUGCUAGCUGUAUUGUUGCUGCUGCUGCUCUUAGCUCUGCUGUUUCAGCAGGUCAUGCAAACGGAAAACUUCUAACUGCGCCUCACCCCACCCUCGUCUCCAGUGCUGUUAGCGUUAACGGAUUAGGGGCGAGGACAACUUGUACCACCGGCAGGCCAAUAGUCAGUCCCGAGCAUGUAACGCCCCAAGCAAAAUUGAAGGGCAAAGUGGCUCUGGUGAUCGGCAACCAGCACUACUAUGGUGAGCCGGAGAUGGGACCGCUUUACCAGACCGAGUCCGAUGCCGCCGAGCUUGCCUCCUUGCUGACCUCGAUCGACGAAGAUUUCCGCGUCGUCAGCCUGAUUAACCUGACGGCGCACGAGAUGGUGGCUGCCAUCUCCUACUUUGUGUCGCUGCUCAGUGAAGGUAUCUACGCAGUGUUCUACUUUGCUGGCCAUGGCUUUCAGUACAACAAUGAGAGCUACUUGCUGCCCGUCGAUAUCGGCUUGGAAGAUGGACCGGACCAGUGCAUCCGCGCAGAGGACAUCCUCUACAAGAUGCAGCAGAAGGAGGCCAAGUUCAGCUUCUUGAUCCUGGACAUGUGCAGGACGGAGCAAAGGAGUCUGGAGUACUUGGUACGGAACAAUCCUCCAGCCAGCCGCGCCAAGAAGGGGAACUAUAUCGUUGCCCACUCCUGUAUUCCAUCGCACAUGGCCUUUGAACGACGGUCUGAGGAGAAUGGGAUAUAUAUGAGCCACUUGAAAAAGCACCUGGGCCUGAAUCUGCGAGUCGAGGAUGUCUUGAUGAAAGUUGCAAACAGCAUUGGUGAAGCCUACCCGCCAUCUGUUCAGCGUCCAGAAUAUAACUCGGCAUGCACCGAGGCUAUCUACCUGCAUGAGAAGAUUGUGCCUGUUGGCAUGGAAGAUCACAAGCAGUAUGCAACGUUGCUGGACAAGUGGCAGCUUGCUCAUGGCGAACCUGACCCAGUGUCGAUCUACAGUGAGAAUGGCCUGAGUGUGACGCUCGCUUUCUACGCCGAGUUUUCCAAUGUGCUGAUUGUGUGUAUUCACACUAGCAUGCAGGAAAAAGGAGAAAUCCAGCAGCUCUCAAUUGCUAUGGACCUUCCAGGCACAGAGGACGAGCUGAUUAUCGAGGACCUCACGGAGAAGAAGCGCGGAAGUCGCGAGUCCUACAAGCAGGUCACCAACUUAAAGCUGCGCGACCGUGUGUCUGCACCGUACUGCUACCGUGUCUGUGGCAUCCAGAAGCUGCGGAAAAACCUGGGACUAAUCUUCAAGAUCAGGUAUAUUUACAACCGGACGCCGGUGGAAAAGGACGUAUGCAAGGAGUUUGGUGCACCGCUCGUGGCUAGUCUCAACCUUCUGGACUACUCAACAUCCACACAGCAAGAAUAAGCAGCUUGAAGCAUAUUGACAAAUCAAACCGUUCAGGGUAUGUAUGACAAGAGCGGGUAGAAGCCUGCGGUUGUCUUGUUGAAUCUCCUGCACACACAUUGCACUGCUGGUGCACGCACACUGCGACAAAUGGGACCACCGUGCUUAUGGGACCACCGUACUUAUCGGUGCGCCACGACAACGCUUCUUUUGUACAAGAUGAAUACGAAAAGUUGAGCUAUAAAAUUUUCGAUGUAUCAUGUGUAGCUGCAGGGCACUAUGCAUAUGGCUUGAGAUGUUUUGAACUCUUCAAAAUUUCAUAGGUUAUUCACACUACUGGAUCUAUGGUACUCUGCUGUUUUCAUUUUUUCACUACUUAUUGAUUGCACUUGGUGCAUCACCGCCAUCAGCUUACUUGAGAAUAAUAAUUUCACAGGUAUUUCUCAAGCAUGCCAUAUGAAUUUCAGAACCGGCUGGCAAUAUAAUUAUAGAACUCGCAAAGCAUUUUCUCGUU